AGAUUUUAUUUAUUUGAGAGAGAGUGUUGAGUGCAAGCAAAGGGAGGAAGCGGCGGGGGUGGGGGGCAGACAAGCAGACUCCACACUGAGCUCAGGCUCAUGGGGCUCCAUCUCACAACCCCAAGACCAUGACCUGAGCCGAAAUCAAGAGUCGGACACUCAACCGAUUGCGCCACCCAGGCACCCCUUAAAUUACUUCUUAAAAGCCAAAAACCCUUAUAAGUUUGGCAGGUGCUGGUCUUCUUGGUGAGGAUUCAGGAGCAAGGCUGGGAACAAUGGGUGCACAGAUCCUGCCAAAGCUCCCUGCUUUUCUUUUCUCCCAGACUCUUAUUCUUCUAGCACUUUCUGGUUAAAUAUGCUUAGAUUGCAGUGUGGGCUGUGACUCAGGAGAGUGGGAAAAGGAAGCAUCACUCUGCACAGCCUGGCCUACCGGCCCACUGCCCACUGAUCCCUGAGGGGGAGCCCAGGCCCCUCAGCUGUGUCCGUGCCUGUGCCUUCCUGUCUGGGUUUCCUCAUCCAGGAGACAGUCCAAGAGGAAGCCAGUGACUCCUGACCAUGGAGUUUCCUGACCCUGUAACAACAGGCCUCUGCCACACCUGACCAUCUCCCACUCCUACGACAGGUGCAGAACAGGGGAAUUCAGGAACCAUCCAGGCUAUAAGCUCGUGAGCAGCCUCCUAGGGAGCCUCUCACCACUGCAGGCCUGGAUGGGACCAGGGGCAGCUGGAGACUCCUUGGUACCAGCACGUUUUUUAAACCUUCUUUUGCUUUAGGCCUCCUCAACAAGCUUCAGCCAGGAGGUGCUUUGUAUUCUGAGCCAACAGUAGACAGGUCGAUUUCGAUCCCCUGAUUAAGGAGAGAAAAAUCGUCCAAACUCUUCUCUGCUGUUUCUUUUUGGUACAGCCCCCAAAAUUCUCUGGGUAUCGUGUUACUCCCUGCUCUGCUCACAAACCUCGGGGCAGCCUCACGUCAGUAGGACUGUGAUCACUUGCCGGGAAGACUUCUCAUUCCAUCUUCUCUGGCCACGGCAGCUGCUUAAACUUGCCUCCCUCAAGAGUGGAGGAAGAGACCGCCUCAUGGAACUGAUCAAGUGGACUCCUCAGGGAGCCCCCAACCAGACCCAGGCCAGCACUGGCCUAGGCUACCUGCUGAGGGACCACAUGGAAGGGAGGAGCGGCACCAACUCCACCAGGGCCCUGAAACUUCCAGAUGGGACCAGCGCUGCCUGGUACAUCCUCACCAUCAUUGGCAUCUACGGAGUGAUUUUCCUCUUCCGGUUAGCCAGCAACAUCCUCAGAAAGAAUGAUAAAUCCCUGGAAGAUAUUUACUACUCAAAUUUGACCUCUGAACUCAAAAUGAAAGGUCUCCAAAGCAAGGUGUCCAAAUGCUCUGCGCUGACGAUUAGCAACAGACCUGUCCUGCAGCCCAACCAGGUCAGCCUGGGGCCAACAUUUAAAAACAGUGAGUGCCAAACUGAAAUCCAAGGGAUCCCUUGAAAGUUCAAGGCAAGCUGACCUCUACAGAAGAGGCCCAACCUUCAUACAAGGGGAAGCAGCUUUGAGUUUACCUGGAACCUUGAGAGAAGAGUCAGAUCCUUGAGCUGGGCUGGAAGAGGAUCACUGGGGCACUUAGGCCAAUGGGAGUGUGACUGAAGGCCAGCAUCCCAUCCUGUUUCCUUCUCAGGCUUUGUGGCACUUUGAGACAGGACAGCAGGGGCAGCAGCUUCCAGUCAUACCCUUCACUGGAAAAGGUUAUGUUCCAGGGAAGGACAUGGAGCAUUGAGUGUUCUCAGAGAAUCUAGGAGAUUCCUGAGGGGUAUACACGAAAGUAGCCUCUUGUCAUGGAAAGAAGACUGAAUUUGGAGUCAAGCGCCCCGGAUUAAAGUUCAACUUCCAGAGGAUGACAUCAACUUUGAGUGACUUGUGGCUCUCACCUGGAAUGCAUGGCAGGGGGAUAUAUGGCUUCAAAGAGCUAUUCAUUCUAGAGGUUCUCACUUAGAGCCAAGGUUGUUAACAGCAGAAGUCAGUCAGAAGUUCUUCAUUUUUAUUGAAGGCAUGGGGUCCAUUGAAAAAAAGUAUUAAUUUUGGAGUCAGAGGAAUCCAACUCUAGUCAAGGACACUUAGGUAUCCUUGAACUCAACACCUCACCUCUCUGGACCUUAGUUUCCACACGGAUAAAAUGAGAAUGAUGAUGUCUGGUCUGUCAAACUACAAACUAGAUAAGAGCUAAUAAGAUCAUGCAUAUGAAGAUAUUUUUCAAAGUAAAGUAAAAAUGUAAAAUAUAAA